CAUUAGCAAAAACACAGAAGAUGUGGAAGUUGAAGAUAGCAGAGGGAGGGAAGGAUCCUUACUUGUUUAGCACCAACAACUUUGUUGGUCGCCAAACUUGGGAGUUUGAUCCGAUUGCGGGUACCUCUGAAGAAAAACAAGAAGUUGAAAAUGCUCGUCAAUACUUCUUGAAUAGACAAAAGGAAGGUUAUCAAGCAUCUAGUGAUUUACUCAUGCGGAUACAAUUGAUUAAGGAAAACGGAAUAGAUCUACUAAGCAUACGGCCAGCAAGGUUGAAAGAGGAGGAGGAAGUGAAUUAUGAAGCAGUGACAAUAGCAGUGAGAAAAGCAGUCCGGCUGAAUUGUGCUAUACAAGCAAAAGAUGGCCAUUGGCCAGCCGAACAUGCUGGCCCUUUGUUCUUUACUCCGCCUCUUAUUAUUGUCUUGUACAUCAGUGGGACUAUCAAUACACAUCUAACCAAAGAACACAAGAAAGAGUUGAUACGUUACAUCUACAACCACCAAAAUGAAGAUGGAGGGUGGGGGUUCCAUAUCGAGGGACAUAGUACCAUGAUGGGAUCCACAUUAAACUACAUAUCGUUACGGCUGUUAGGAGAAGGAGCAGAUGACAAAAAUGGUGCAGUAAGCAGAGGAAGGAAGUGGAUACUUGAUCAUGGUGGUGCAACUUCAAUUUCAUCGUGGGGAAAAAUUUAUCUAUCGGUAUUAGGAGUGUAUGAAUGGGAGGGGUGCAACCCAGUGCCUCCAGAAUUUUGGAUUUUCCCCCAAAUAUUUCCUUUUCAUCCUGCAAAAAUGUGGUGCUAUUGUCGGACGGCCUAUAUGCCAAUGUCGUAUUUGUAUGGGAGAAAGUUCCAUGGUCCGAUCACUGAUCUUGUUCUUGAUCUAAGAAAGGAGAUUCACUGUAUUCCUUAUGAUGAGAUAAAUUGGAAUAAACAUCGCCAUGAUUGUUGCAAGGAAGAUCUCUUUUACCCUCAUUCAACAAUCCAAGAUAUGUUGUGGGAUGGUCUUCACUAUAUUAGCGAACCAAUCUUCAAGUAUUGGCCUUUCACCAAAUUUAGAGAAAGAGCACUCAAGAAAGCAAUUGAAUUGAUUCGUUACAACGCUCAAGAGACUCGAUACAUUACCAUGGCAUGUAUUGAAAAGUGUUUCCAAAUGAUGUGUUGGUGGGCUGAGAACCCGAAUGGGGAUGAGUUCAAGUGCCACCUGGCUAGAGUGCCCGAUUUCUUGUGGUUAUCAGAAGAUGGAAUGAAGGUGCAGACUUUUGGUAGUCAAUUAUGGGAUUGUGUAUUCGCAACUCAAGCUAUAAUCUCAAGUAAUAUGCCAGAAGAAUAUGGGGAUUCACUUAAAAAAGCCAAUUUUUAUAUCAAAGAAUCGCAAAUCAAGAACAACCCGACUGGAGAUUUCAGUAAAAUGUGUCGACAAUUUAGUAAAGGAGCAUGGACAUUCACUGAUCAAGAUCAUGGCUGGCCUGUCUCAGAUUGUUCAGCUGAAGCCCUCAAAUGUCUUCUAUUGCUAUCUAAAAUGCCAGAUGAAAUUACAGGAGAAAAAGCAAAUAAUGAGUGGUUAUAUGAAGUUAUUAAUUUCUUUUUUCAUGUACAGUCUCCUGCUAGCGGAGGUUUUGCUACUUGGGAAACACCGAUUCCACAACCAUAUUUACAGAAACUCAAUCCCUCAGAAGUUUUCGCCGACAUUGUCGUUGAAAGAGAGCAUAUUGAGAACACAUCAUCCAUAAUCCAAGCUCUACAAGCCUUCAAAAGGUUGCACCCAACACAUAGGAAGACAGAAAUAGAAAUUUCGGUAGCAAAAGCAGUGCGCUAUCUUGAGGAAAGACAACUGUCGAAUGGUUCAUGGUAUGGCUAUUGGGGGAUAUGCUUCAUAUAUGGCACGUUCUUUGCACUGGUAGGCUUAGAGUCUGCUGGAAAAACAUAUAGCAACUCUGAAACGGUUCGUAAAGGUGUCAAGUUCUUAUUGUCGAUACAGAAUGUAGAGGGUGGUUGGGGGGAGAGCUACAAGUCUUGUACAAGUGAAGUGUACACACCGUUGGAUGGAAACCAGGCAAACUUGGUUCAAACCUCAUGGGCAAUGCUUGGGCUUAUGGCUGGGGGACAGGCCGAGAGAGACCCGAUACCCUUACACAAAGCUGCAAAAACCUUGAUUAAUGCACAAAUGGAUAACGGAGAUUUCCCUCAACAAAAUUUUACUGGAGCCUCCAUGAGGAACUGUAUGCUGCAUUAUCCGCGAUAUAGGAAUGCUUUCACACUACGGGCACUAGCAGAAUAUCGAAAACGUCUUUGGGCCUUAAACUAA